GACAUGUAUAAUCUCUACAUUACUCGAUAUCUAGUAGACAAAACGUAGUUAUUAUAUGCUCUUUGUAGGGCACGAGCGUAGAGAUAUAACGUUUGCGUGCAAGAAUUAAUAUAAUAAUAAUAAAAAUGGUUGUUCAAUGGAAAAGAAGAUGCGACAGUAAUCAUUUGGGACACUUUUUUGUGGAUUAUAUGCGAAGGAGGGCUAAUGAAAUAUGCCAAAUAGAUGCAGCGACUGGUCAAGAAGAGACGUGUGCGUCUGUGCUAUCCCGAAGCAUUCGGCUGGCGCAAUGCUUCAGGAAGUUUGGUCUGGUACCGGGCGACACCAUAGUGAUAGGUGGAAAGAACCAUCUCGACGUGCACAUCCCAUUCUAUGCAGCAAUGAUGAACGGAUUGCCUGUAGGUGGGCUCGACCCGGCCCAUAAAUGCAAUGAGCUGAAGCAUUUAUUUACCUUAAUAAAACCUAAAAUAGCUUUUUGCGAAUACCAAAUGUUUGAAGAGUAUAAAAAUGCGAUACAAGAACUGAAUAUUAGCACCAACAUUGUUACAUUUGGCGGUGGCGAGAACUCCUUGGUAAAAUUCAUGGAAGAUCAUCGGGCGUCACAACGAGAGGACGAAUUCCAGGUGGCGACUUUCAAUACGGACGAGGUGUACUGCUGGCUUGUCGGUACUAGUGGAAGCACAGGACAGCAGAAAAUAGUAGCUCUCACACACCCACACUUGUUUCAAAUGACAGAAUUCUAUAGCUAUAAGGAACCUAAAAAUGGUGAGCGUAAAACAGCUCUGAACUCAUCUACUCUGCUCUGGAUAACAGGCUGCUUUAAUGCUCUGCUAAUGCCGAUCAACCACGUCAAGCUGCAGUCCUCUGCUCCGGUCACCACGGAACAUAUCAUCGAUAUUAUAAAUAAAUAUAAGCCUGGUGGAACUUUGUGCACGCCGACUGCAUUGGCACCGAUACUGCACCACGAGAAACAUUGUGAUCUAACCUGCUUCGACGUUAUUAAGACCGGAGGCACCAAAGUCCACAAAGAACUGCUAGCGAACCUUAAGGCCAGAAUGCGACCAGACGCUGUUAUUCAACAAGGGUAUGGGCUGUCUGAGACUGGCGGUUUGGUGAUGGAACAACGUCCUGAAGACCCUAUUGAAAGUGUUGGAACACUUGAUCCUAAAUAUGAAGCAAAGUUAAUAUCACCAGAAACUGGAAAAGAAAUACUGGAACCAAACGUCACAGGAGAAUUGAUAGUUAGAGGUCCUACCAUGGCAUGUUAUUAUAAUGACCCUGAGGAGACCAAAAACGUUUUUACUGAGGACGGCUAUUUAAAAACGGGUGAUUUGUUUUAUAAAGACGAGCAUGGAUACUACUACUUUGUAGAGAGACUUAAAAUGCUAUUGAAAUAUAAAAGUUACCAGGUAAUUCCCCCUGAAGUAGAAGAAGUGAUAUUGAAGCAUCCAGGCGUGGCUGACGUGUGCGUGACGGGCGUGCCGCACCGGGACGAUGGCGAGCACGUGGUGGCGUGCGUGGUGCGAAGACCAGGCCACCGCGUCACCGCCAACGACAUCAAGGAACUUGUUGCCAAACAUUUAUCGUCUUUUAAGCAUUUACACGGAGGCGUUGUGUUUAUGGACGCUCUGCCGACUACCGUUUCUGGGAAGGUUGCUCGUAUUGAAGUAAAGAAACUAGCACUCACUGCGCACAAGGAAUAAAACUACACGUACGGCAAGACUUCGACCUAAAAAAUCAUCGUGUUUAUAGUCAAUACAGAACUUUGAAUAAACGGCUCCAAUACCAAAAUAUUUUAUAAAAUCCAAAAACUAGUAUUUUAGGAAACUUGUGGCACAAUACUUUUGACUGAUAUAUGUUGUAUUAUAUAGAAUCUUGUAUUGAGCCCUUUUUUAGACGGAAACUUUAAUUUUAAGUCUCAUUUAGGUAAGUAUAGUACUUACCAGCCAUAGUUACUAAAAUUUUAUAGAUACAAUGAUUAUAUAAGGAUUCAAUAGAAUUAGAAACUUUUAUGCGAAAUUUGACAAUUUCACGUCAGUUUUGUAUGUUUUUGUUUUGCAAAAGUAAUAAUACAACGUCAGCCUUAAUAGCAUUUAAUGAUUAUUAAACAAAUAUUUCAUCCACUUUAUUACCUUGAUCGAAUGGUAAACUUAUUUAAUGAUUCACUUAUUUUAGGUUACAUACAUAGUUAAAUAAAUAAAAAUAAAAAGCUCUAUUGCCUGGA